AUGCGGUGGCAUGAUGAUAGUGGUUAUGGUUGUGCUGGUAGUGGUGGUAGCAGUGGUGGCUAUAAUGGUGGCGGUAGCGGCGACGACGGUGGUAGCAGUAGUGGUUGUAGUAGUGGUAAUAGCUGUAGUGGCAGUAGUAGUGGUAAUGGUAGCGAUGGUGGUGGCAGUGCACUGCGGUGGCGGUGGCGGUGGCGGUGUCAUGACUGCGGUGGCAUGAUGAUAGUGGUUAUGGUUGUGCUGGUAGUGGUGGUAGCAGUGGUGGCUAUAAUGGUGGCGGUAGCGGCGACGACGGUGGUAGCAGUAGUGGUUGUAGUAGUGGUAAUAGCUGUAGUGGCAGUAGUAGUGGUAAUGGUAGCGAUGGUGGUGACAGUGCACUGCGGUGGCGGUGGCGGUGUCAUGACUGGAACUCGCCCUUAG